ACUCUGUCCUCGCCAUGGCGCCGUGUCCCUGCUCUCUCAGUUACUGAAAGUGGCCGCCUCUCUGCUGCUACCGACUCACGGUCUCUCUCCUCGCUCACAACCGCCAUUUUGGAGACAGAGAGCUGCGAGUCGGCUGCAACAGAGACAGAGCAAAAACGGCGGACACGGGGGACAAGAUUCAUCAUUUCUGGUGCACUGAAUGUUGAAAUUGUGAAAUAUGAAGUUUCACUCUUUAAAGUGAUCGCCCUCUCAGGCUCUUAACCUCUACCUAUGGCCUCAGAGCAGGAUGUUGUGGGAGACGCCACAUGCUCAAAGUUGGCCAAACCACUUCACCUGCAGUACCUUGAGCGAUCCCUCCGUCUAGACACUUUUCUAAGACAGACUGCUGCUGUUUUUAACCAGAGCAUUUCCAGUGAUGAAAGCGAUGGUGGUUUGGGUGAGCGUUCUUCUCUGGCACCGUCUAACCCACUGCUGGCAGUGAAAGAUGAUCACAUCAACCCUGAGAACGAGACCAAGGACUCCUGCAGAGAUGGAGAGGCAGAGUGUGACACUCUCAAUGGAGCUGUGCUGCAAGAGCACAAAGCUGACAAGGCCAGUCUGUAUAACUUCUCGAAACUGAAGAAAAGCAGGAAAUGGCUAAAGGGCAUCGUGCUGAGCGAUGACACCACAGAUUCCGAUACUGACUCGGAUGAUUCGGACUUCACAAUGACACAGGAAGAGCUCCAGGACAUGCUGCGCCUGCACAAGUUCACCAAACUCCACCAGAGCAAGUUCCACUGUGACAGAGAACUGCAGCACUAUCAACACUACAGCACAGGCCUCCUGUCCACUCACGACCCAUUCUACGAGCAGCAGCGGCACCUACUGGGCCUCAAGAAAAAGAAAAUCAAGGAAGAGAAGAAAUGCAAAGCUAAGAAAAAGAUGAAAAAGAAGAAGAAACGAGGAGAGGAGUUCUCCAUGGAGGGACGGCUACACGUAACUAAAAAUUUUGCCAAGUUUUCUCAUGAUGCACCUCUUCCCAUGAUCAAAAAGAAGCACUUAACCAUUGAGCAGCUCAAUGCCCGUAGACGAAAGGUCUGGCUCACAAUUGCCAAAAAAGAAAUCCCAAAGGCGUUUAAACAGAAAGUCUCAGCAAGGAACUUCGUUUUAACCAAUGCCAGAAAGUUGGCCCAUCAGUGUAUGCGUGAGGUCCGGAGGGCUGCAAUCCAGGCGCAGAAGAACUGCAAAGAGACUUUGCCACGGGCACGCCGCCUCACUAAAGAGAUGCUGUUGUACUGGAAGAAGUAUGAGAAGGUGGAGAAGGAGCACCGCAAGCGAGCUGAGAAAGAGGCUCUUGAGCAGCGUAAACUUGAUGAGGAGAUGCGGGAGGCUAAGCGUCAGCAGAGGAAGCUUAACUUCCUGAUCACCCAGACAGAGCUGUAUGCUCACUUCAUGGGGGGCAAGCAGAACGCUGGGGGAGACGGCACAGAGGAGGAGAUCCUGUGCAAGCUUGAGGACAACACCUUCCAACGGCAGAUCGACAUCGGCGGAGGAGUUAUGGUCAAUGUCGGCCAGGAGGACUAUGAUAGUGAAUAUUACAAGUCCCAGGCCCUUAAAAAUGCAAAAGAGGCAUACCAGAUCCACCAGGCCAGAACCAGGUUGUUUGACGAGGAAGCAAAGGACAGUCGCAGUGCCUCUCUGCACACGGCUAGAGUGCCUGGCUCUGGCUUCGGCGAGAGCUACAGCUUAUCAAACCCAUCUAUUCAAGCAGGGGAAGAUAUCCCCCAGCCCACCAUCUUCAAUGGGAAACUUAAGGGCUACCAGCUCAAAGGCAUGAACUGGCUGGCCAAUCUUUAUGAACAGGGCAUUAAUGGCAUUUUGGCAGAUGAGAUGGGGCUUGGAAAGACAGUUCAGACCAUCGCUUUACUGGCUCAUUUGGGAGAGAGGGAAAACAUCUGGGGACCCUUCUUGAUCAUCUCCCCAGCCUCAACACUCAACAACUGGCAUCAGGAGUUCUCCCGCUUUGUCCCCAAAUUCAAGGUGUUACCGUACUGGGGGAAUCCUCAUGAUCGUAAAGUCAUUCGAAAGUUUUGGAGCCAGAAAACUCUGUAUACCCAGAAUGCACCGUUUCAUGUUGUCAUCACCAGUUAUCAGCUGGUGGUGCAGGAUGUGAAGUAUUUCCAGAGGGUGAAAUGGCAGUAUAUGGUUCUGGACGAGGCCCAGGCACUGAAAAGCAGUACCAGUGUACGAUGGAAGAUUCUCCUUCAGUUCCAGUGCAGGAACCGUCUUCUGCUAACAGGGACGCCAAUCCAGAACACAAUGGCAGAGCUGUGGGCCUUGCUUCACUUCAUCAUGCCGACUCUGUUUGACUCUCACGAGGAGUUCAACGAGUGGUUCUCCAAGGACAUCGAGAGUCAUGCUGAGAACAAAUCUGCUAUCGAUGAAAACCAACUUUCCAGACUGCACAUGAUCCUUUAAACCCUUUAUGCUGCG